AUGGAUGCAGCUGAAGAUCGCGACUUGAAGCUCCAGCGGGCCUCAAGUGACCUGGUAACGGAGUUCUCCGCCAAGCUGCCAACGCUGCUCUGGAGGUCUGAAACCGGAACCCCUCUCCGCACCCCACGCAAAUGGGCACAAGUAUCCAAGACAGAGAAGCUCGUCGCGCUUCUUGAACCAUUUCAAGAAUGGCCUCAGCUUCUGGAUCCACAUCUGCAGAAGCUGCUGCCAACAUUAGUGGAUGCUUUCCUGGCGUAUCUAGUGAAGCAUCGCGGGCAGUAUGACGCUCAACCCACAAAGUCUUCACCUAAUGCCGCUGUCUAUCCCAUCCCAAGAGCUAUUUGCAGACUCCUCUACACCUUCUGCAAAGUCCGUGGUGUCAAGGUCAUUAGUCGGUUUUUGAAUAAUGAGCCUAAGUACCUGGAUUCCAUGUUGCGAGCCUUCGUCGAAUGGGAUGCUCUAGGCCACGCAGACUCUGCCGAGGAUCUUGCAGGAUCUGAGACACAGAAAAUGCAGUGGGAAGAGCGCUAUGUGAUGCUGGUCUGGCUGUCACAUCUUCUUCUCGCGCCGUUUGACCUAGCCUCGUUGUCAUCUGAUGACAUUCCCGUUCCCUAUGAUAACUUGAAACAGCUGGGUGAUAUCCCUUCUCAAACUCCCAUGGUUGCAAAGUCCCUGCUCUCGCUGGCACUUCAUUAUAUCAACGCUCCUGGCAAGGAGCGCGAGGCAGCUACUGCGCUUCUAGCGCGGCUCGUCUUGCGUGGAGACAUGCAAUCCCUCGGUCUUUUAACGGGCCUGACGAGCUGGGCUUUUGCUACAAUUAAUCCUGCACAGAGUGCAGAAGUACCUUCUGUCUACUCAUGUAUUGGGAUUCUCUCGUUCAUUGCUCGUUUGGCGGGAUCCGGCCAUGUCGAAGAUUUUGCUCCUUUGCUGAAAACUGUGUUUGACCAAACUCUGGAAAUCGUCCAGGGAAAGUCGGACGUCUCUGCAACGAUUGAAUCCUCUGCGUUGGCUAGGAAGACUGUCGUCAAAAUCCUUCGCAACAUUACUGUUAUGGCUUUGUCUUUGAGCGAGAGAGAAGACAGCUGUAUUACGGAUGACCAGUUGUCCAGCAUUCUGGAAGAAGCAAUUGAUCAUUUCCUGGUUGCCCUUGCGGAUAAGGACACCCCGGUGCGGUUUGCUGCAAGCAAAGCACUCAGUGUCAUCACCUUGAAACUUGACCCGGAGAUGGGCGCAGAGAUUAUUGAAGCGGUCAUUGGCUCAUUGGGGGAGAACAUCCUUUUCGAAAAAGAUGAUGGCACUUUAAUCACGCCAUUCGAAGCCAGAAAUGCGGGGAUUCAGCUGCUCAAGCGCAAUCUAAGCGGUGUUGAUGCCCAGCGGUGGCAGGGUUUGAUGCUCACGCUGUCACAUUUGCUGUUUCGUCGUGCACCCCCAACCCAGCAAUUGCCUGAUAUCCUUCAAUCGCUUGUCUCGGGCCUUGAUUUCGAGCAAAGAUCAUCAACUGGUAGCUCUGUGGGAACGGGCGUUCGAGACGCGGCCUGUUUCGGCAUUUGGGCACUUUCUCGAAAAUAUGUCACUGCAGAACUGCAGGCCUUACAGCGUCAGACUAUUCCUUCACUCUCUGGGGUAGCCGAGGUCGAUGUCUUGCAAAAGCUUGCAGUCGAACUUGUUUGCUCAGCCUGCGUUGAUCCAUCGGGAAACAUUCGCCGUGGCGCAUCUGCUGCUCUGCAAGAGUUGAUCGGUCGCCAUCCCAACAUUAUCACCGAAGGAAUCCCUCUCGUUCAGGUUGUGGACUAUCACGCGGUUGCGCGGCGGUCCCGUGCAAUGAUUGAUGUGGCCAAGGCCACUGCUUCCUUGGACCCAAUGUACUGGAGCCCAUUGAUAGAAGCACUGAUGCAAUGGCGGGGCAUUGGCUCUCCGGAUGCUGAGUCCAGAAGACAGGCCGCGCGGGCUAUUGGUGUUCUGAGCACGCAGCAAAAGUUCAAAACCAUCAAAGCUGUAUUGGAAAGAUUGCUGCGCAAGCUCCCGCGUAUACCUCGAAGUGAUGUUGAGUCAAGACAUGGAUGCUUCUUGUCAAUUGCUGCCACGGUCGAUGCUUACACUCAGGAAUGGGAAACCUCACUAGACAUGAGAGACACUGUGGAGGCAAACGAGGUUUUCUCCCAGGUCGCUCAGCUGUGGGAUAUUUUUGAAUCGCCAUCAAGUCCAACCGAUAGAGACUUGACUUCCCAAAACUCUCGCCCGGAGUUGACCUCCGAGGCAUCUGCUUGUUUAAUCUCGUCACUCUCUCGCUCGACCAGAUCGGUCGGACUGCCCCCUCCUUCUGAAGCAUUGCUCGACCGCAUACUCCAUAUUCUUUCACUCUGCGUCUCUCGAAGUGAUGACAUAUCCAUCGAAAGCUCAUCCACCGCUCUGUCCACGCUUUUCCCGCUUCUAUCACCAUCGAAACAAGAAGAAACUGUACAGGCCUGGUUUUCUCAUCUGCACUCCUCGUCAAAGCUACCCAGUGGCCGUGGGCAGAUUCUCGCUCUUGGGGCGGUAUACAAGAAACUUGAAGGGCGUGCGAACCUGCAGGAAGGUAUCAUCACGGAGUUGAUUUGCUGCACAGCAAGGGAAGAACUCAUUGAGAAACGAGUGGCUGCUGUGAAGUGCUUGUCAACGAGCAUUUUGCCAUAUACAGCCACCGUGGAUAAGAUUGCAAAUAACGUGUUGGAUUUCCUCAAUGACUACACCACAGAUAGACGAGGUGAUAUCGGAUCCCUUAUUCGCGUUGAAGCAGUACAGGCAGCAAGCAUUCUUUUGAAGCGAGACUCACCCUUGCCAUCGGACUCGCCGAUCGUGCGAAGCCUGCUUGGCUGCCUGUGCCGCUUGGCAUGCGAGAAACUUGACAAGGUUCGGUUGCAAGCCUGGCUUUGCUUGCAACAUUACUGGGAGACAAUUUCUGUCGACUUCCCUCCGAUGCAAAGUAAAUACGAGCACUUUAGCAAUGUAUCCUCACAAGGGUACUUUGACCAGAUUCUGACUCUAUACUCCAUCGAGUGGCUGCGCCAACCGCUGCUCCAGGGUCUGGCAACCUCGGCGACUGCAGGCGCUGAAGGCCUUGUUCGAUCAACUCGUUCAGCUCUUAUUCAAUUCCUCACUUCGCGAGAACCUAUUCAGCGUCAGGCCGUCCUGGUCAACAUCUUGCAGGAUCUGUCUUCCGUUCUCAGUGCCAACCUUCCAGAUGAUCGUUACGCGAUCCCCAUCCUUGACCUUCUGUCGUUUUUGAUAGACAGUUUUGUAGCUCCUAGCCAGAGCGACGCAGACCCUGUCUUCCGGAAGGUAUUUGUCUUGGUGCAGAAAGCCCAUUUCCGGUCAUCCAAUAUCCAGCGCCUGGAGUCUGCUGUGAAGGUUUAUGCGGCAUUAUCGAGGCUGGACUCCUUGCGCACUGAUAUCUUGAAGAAGAUGACUGGGUUAUUGCUACAUCCAUUCCCGAGGGUUCGAGCAAGUGCAGCAGAUUAUCUCUUUAUGGUGGCUGAGUCGGAGAUAGUCAAGUAUGAGGACUGGUCCGCACAGCCGAAAGAAUUGAAGGCGAAAGUAGAGGAACUGCGAAGUGUUCUGGUGCCGACGAGUUGA